AUGACCUCCGACUCGACCUACUUGGCCAUUCCUGGCUCGGUUGCGUUCUCUCGCUCCCGUGGCCAUGCGAUUGCGGCUAGCAUUGGUGCCCAGGAUGUUCGAGCUCAAUGGGUCCAUUACAUUCACACCUCCCAGCCGUUGGAUGAACCCCAACAGGCCGUCUUGAAGCAGUUGCUCCAAUACGGCGACAUCACGGACAUCCCGGAAUCGUUCAGCGCCGAGGAUGGGUCCUUCGAUGUCUUUUACGUCUUCCCCCGGACCGGAACCAUCUCGCCUUGGAGCACCCAGGCUACGGGUAUCUCCCAUGUCUGCGGUCUUCGCAAGUAUGUGAAGCGCAUCGAACGUGGUUUGAAGAUCUCGUGUCUGCGGGCCGACUCCGAUUACAAGCCGGGAUACCAAGACAUUCUGCAUGAUCGGAUGACGCAAAUAAUUGGCCAGGAUGAACCUGAUCUGCACCUCAUGUUCUCCGAGCACAGCCCGCUUCCCCUCGAGACCGUGCACCUUCAGCGCAGCGACAAGUCCCCGAAGGAGAUUUUGCAGGAAGCAAACAAGCGUAUGGGCUUGGCUUUGGAGGAGUCUGAAAUUGACUACCUCGCUGAAGCGUAUGGCCCCAACGGUCCCCUCGCUCGUGACCCCACCGAUGUUGAGCUGUUCAUGUUCGCUCAAGUCAACUCGGAACAUUGCCGUCAUAAGCAGUUCAAUGCGUCGUGGGUUAUCGAUGGAAAGCAGAUGCCGAACAGUCUAUUUUCCAUGAUCCGGAACACCCACAAGAAACACCCCGACCAUACGAUCAGCGCCUAUAGCGACAACGCCGCUGUCAUUGAGGGAGAUGAGGCCGCUUUCUGGGCCCCUGAUUCGUUCACUGGAGAGUGGAAUCACACCAAAGAGAUCGUUCAUUUCCUGGCCAAGGUCGAAACCCACAACCACCCCACGGCUGUGUCGCCCUAUCCUGGUGCUGCCACCGGAUCUGGCGGUGAGAUCCGUGACGAAGGAGCCGUGGGACGCGGCUCAAGGCCCAAGGCUGGUCUCUCUGGGUACUGUGUCUCCGAUCUGUUGAUUCCGGGCUUCAAGCAGCCGUGGGAGUUGGAGGUUGGCAAGCCGAACCACAUCGCCAGUAGCUUGGAUAUCAUGCUGGAGGCUCCCAUUGGUAGUGCUGCGUACAACAACGAAUUUGGCCGGCCCUGUAUCUCUGGUUAUUUCCGCACACUCCUCACCGAGAUUGACAUUGGCAAUGGUCAGAGUGAGGUUCGUGGCUACCACAAGCCCAUCAUGAUUGCGGGUGGUGUUGGUACCGUCCGACCUCAACAUGCCAUCAAGAAGCCUGAGGCUGUCAAGCCUGGUGCUUUCCUCGUCGUGCUGGGUGGACCUGCCAUGCUGAUUGGUCUUGGUGGUGGUGCUGCUUCCAGUAUCACGUCGGGUGAGGGCUCGGCGGAUCUCGACUUCGCCAGUGUGCAGCGAGGCAAUGCUGAGGUCCAGCGCAGAGCCCAGGAAGUCAUCAACGCCUGCGUUGCAAUGGGUGACAAUAACCCGAUCAAGUUCAUCCACGACGUUGGUGCUGGCGGUCUGUCCAACGCUCUUCCUGAGUUGAUCGAAGACUCUGGUCUGGGCGCCACGUUCGAGCUUCGAGAGAUCGAUAACGCCGAUCGAAGCAUGAGCCCUAUGCAGAUCUGGUGCUGUGAGGCCCAGGAACGGUACGUCAUGGCUGUCGGUGAAGACUCUAUGAACAAGUUUACCGCGAUCGCUCAUCGUGAGCGCUGUGGUUUCUCCGUCGUGGGUCGCGGAGGCGGCACCUCGGAGGAGGAAAAGAGACUCAUCCUUCUCGACCGGGAAUCUAAGGAGUUCCCUAAGCCGAUUGAUCUACCUUUGAAUGUUCUCUUCGGAAAGCCACCCAAGAUGACUCGUACUGUCGAUUCGCGUAAGCUGAAGCUACCCGCAAUUGACGCAGGCCUCACUACGUACCUGCCCGAAGUUGCACCUAACCGGGGUGAGCUGAUCAGCGAGGCGGCGAACCGAGUUCUAUCGCUCCCUGCCGUCGGCUCCAAGUCUUUCCUUAUCACCAUCGGCGACAGGACUGUCGGUGGUCUUACUGCCCGUGACCAGAUGGUCGGCAGAUGGCAGACCCCCGUGUCUGACGUUGCUGUCACUGCGACCACCUUGCUCCAGGGAGUAAAGACCGGUGAAGCUAUGGCAAUGGGUGAGAAGCCUAACCUCGCCCUCAUUUCUCCCGGUGCCUCGGCUCGCAUGGCCGUUGCGGAAUCUCUGAUGAACAUUGCGGCUGCCGAUCUCGUUGAUCGUCUGAGCCGCGUGAAACUGUCGGCCAACUGGAUGUCAGCCAGCAGCCACCCGGGAGAGGGUGCGGCUAUCUAUGAGGCGGUUGAGGCCAUCGGUAUGGACCUCUGCCCCAAGCUCGGCAUCAGCAUUCCUGUUGGAAAGGAUUCCAUGUCCAUGAAGAUGAAGUGGACGGACGAAGCCUCCAAGGAGGCAAGGGAGGUCACUGCCCCGAUGUCUCUCGUUAUCUCCUCCUUCGCUCCGGUCGGCAAUUUCAGAAAGACAUGGACCCCUGCCCUUCGCCGCCCCGAGGAUGUCGGUGACACUGUCCUGAUGUUCGUCGAUCUCUCUUUCGGUCGCAAGACCUUGGGCGGCUCCUCCCUUGCGCAGGUCUUCAAGCAAGUCGGCGAUGAGUGCCCCGAUGUCCGUGAUGUGGAGAUCUUCAGGGACUUCUUUGAUGCUACUCAGCAGCUGCAGGAAGCGGGCAUUGUCUUGGCCUACCACGAUCGUUCCGAUGGUGGUCUCUUCACCACUCUGGCUGAGAUGAUGUUUGCUGGACGCGCGGGCGUUGAGAUCAUGCUUGACAACAUCUGUUCUGGCCUCGAUACGAAGAGCCUCGUCGAGACUCUGUUCACCGAGGAGCUGGGUGCCGUCUUCCAGGUGCGGAAGGAGCAUGAAAUUCAGUUCCGCUCUUGCUUCGCCACCUGUGGUCCUCCCGCUGGCCUGAUUCACAAGAUCGGACGUGUUUCGGAACGACACAAGCAGAACCUUGCUAUUUACCACAAGGCCUCUUUGAUUUACCGUAACAGCCGUGCCAACCUGCAGCAGACUUGGUCCUCGACGUCUUACCACAUGCAGAAGAUGCGUGACAACGCCGUUUGUGCGGACCAAGAGUUUGCCAACAUCCUUGAUGACGCCGACCCUGGUCUGUCGUGGAACCCCAGCUUCGACCCGAAGGACAAGGCCGUGCCGUUCCUUACGAGCUUGACGCAAAUGUCUCCGUUUAGCAACAAGCCGCGCGUGGCUAUCCUGCGUGAACAGGGUGUUAACAGCCAGGCUGAGAUGGCCUUCGCUUUCAACAUGGCUGGCUUCUCUGCCGUCGAUGUCCAUAUGACCGAUGUUAUCUCCGGACGGGUGUCGCUCGCCAGCUUCGUCGGUCUUGCUGCCUGCGGUGGUUUCUCCUAUGGCGAUGUCCUUGGUGCCGGGCAGGGUUGGGCCAAGUCCGUUCUACUGCACGAGAACACGCGAAAUGAAUUCCAGUCGUUCUUCCAGCGUCCGGACACCUUCGCUCUUGGUGUCUGCAACGGUUGUCAGUUCCUCUCCCGUCUUAAGGAACUGAUUCCUGGCGCCCAGAACUGGCCGAGCUUCGAGCGUAACGCCAGUGAGCAGUACGAAGGCCGUGUCUGUAUGGUCCGUGUCUCGGAUCCGGAUCCCGCCAGACCGAGCGUCUUCCUCCACGGCAUGAACGGCUCGUCGCUGCCUAUCGCCGUUGCCCACGGAGAGGGACGUGCCUCAUUUGCCCAGUCCUCCAGCGUCACGGCCCAGACUUUCGUCCGUGAUGGGCUUGCUCCCGUCCAGUUCGUCGACAAUGCCACUCUUAAGCCGACCACGAAGUAUCCUUUCAACCCUAACGGCAGUCCGGAAGGUAUUGCCGGUGUGCGCAACGAGGACGGUCGCGUUCUUGCCAUCAUGCCUCACCCCGAGCGAACCGUUAUGGGUGGUAUUGCCAGCUGGCUGCCCGCGAGCGCUCCCCAGUGGGGUGAUAUUGGUCCCUGGGGACGUGUCUUCUACAGCGCUAGGAGAUGGGUUGGUUAA